CUUACGUGACAGCUUUUGACGCGAAAUGACGAGCGUCCACUUGCCGGUUUUUUGUUAUUUUUUCACAUCCCUGCUGGGCGGAGCCUCCUCGCGCAACUUCCCCCCCUCCCCCCCCCCCUCCCGGCGGCGGCGGCUGGGAAGACAUAUCGAAACCGUUUUUUAACUCAGCGGCGGCGGAGCGACGGAGAGCCCUCUGGCCCCGAACAGAAGUCGGUUCCCGGGUCCCGGUUUUGGGUGGCGGAGGAUCGGGAGCGAGCGCGCACGAAAAGUUACCGUCUCAACCGAGCUCGAGUCGCCGCGGAGAGCUCUCGCGCGUUUGCGGACGUCGUCUCCGUCUCGAGUUUUGCGCGCGCGCUACUUGUUUUGUUAUUGUAGCGUGAUUACGGAUUUUUGGGGGGGGGGGGGUUGCGUGACUGCGCAUGCGCUCUCGUCGACUUCGUAUAAGAAACUUUUUUCUUUUCCUUUUUUUUUUCCUAAGUCGUGAUUUCUUUAUUUUCAAGUCGGCGCGUCCCGGCGGAGUAUGAGCGGCGGUGAAGUGUCGGCAGCAGGCAGGCGAGGCUCCGUUUUUUCAGCAGCAGCAGCAGCAGCAGAAAAGUCCGUGCGGAAGUCCCCCCCAGGAAAUCCCCUACACGGAGUCGGAAUAUUAUUGUCGGCGAGGCGCCACAUCUAACAGAAUCCAGAGUCCCCCGGCCCGCGUCUGAGGACUCCACGCGAACGCACAGACGCCAAACCCUGCGCGGGGUUAAAAACUGCUUAGCUCGCUCUCUCUCCCUCGCUCGCUCGUUCUCGCUCUCGCGCUCUCUCGUCGCCAUCGGCUGAAAAGGGGGAAGAGCCGUCAGAACUCGGGGGGUCCUCGGGGGAAACUUGGGGAGACUGCGAUGGAUCACGCCAACGGCAAUACGGACGGGGACGCGGGGCCCGACCACAAAAUACGCAGCUACAACACCCUGAACACCCUCCACCACGAGACGCGGCAGGAGCUCGACCUUCUCACCAAGGAGAUCUACGUCAAGGACAACGUCAUCGCAGACCUGAAGGCCAGACUGGCCAGGUACGAGAGGAUCUGCAUCAACGUCGAGGGCAGCGAGCCGGUCGUGGUGGGGCCGUCCAAGUCCCUGCUCGAAAGCCUGUGUAACGAGAUCUACAAACUGAAGCGAAAGAGGGCCGACGUGGAAGUGAUCGCGUCCCGGCAAGCGGAGUUGAGUCAACAGGAGAUCCAGAGGCUGCGUCUUCAGCUCAGAGAGAAGGAGAAGGAGCUGGAGAGAGUCAGGUGCCACCCGGAUCACAAGAAGGACCAGGAGAUCCAGAAGCUGCGCUGCGCCCUGGAGGAGAGGGACCGAGCCGAGGCCACCAGGGCUGUGCUGUGCAGCUCGCUAGCGGAGGAGGCCGAUCAGCUGCGGGUCCAACUGGGCGCCACUGUCUCGGUGUGCCAAGAGCUGCUGGCGAGGCUGGAGCGAGAGAAGAAGGGAGGAGUGGAGAGGGAGAUGUCUCAGCAACAGCAGAUGACCGAGUCUUCUGGUUUCAUGGGUGUAAAUGCUCAGGUGUGCCAACUUCAGGAGGAGAAUCAAAGACUAAAGCAGCGAGUUGCAUAUGUGGAGGGUCUGAAUGCCAAAUGGCAGAAGUAUGAUUCCAGUAGAGAAGAUUAUGUUCGAGGCUUAUGUCAGGGGCUGAGGAAGAACAGCGCCUACACUGUCUCCAGCGCCAUGCUGGCAGGAGCAGGGCCUGGCUCGAGACCCGGUGUAGGCUUGGGGCCUGUGCUGGGCUCCUCCAGUGGUGAACUGCUGCAUCGGGAGAUCACAAGGCUGAAUAGCUUGCUGGAAGAGAAGAUGAGCGAGUGUGUGAGAUUGGGCAGAGAAGUGGAAGAGGUCAGGACACAAGACCAGGAGCGUAUCCAGACACUGGAGCAGCAGGUCCUCAUCUACACAGAGGACUUUAAGUCAGAGCGUGCAGACAGAGAGAGGGCACAUGGGAGAAUCCAGGACCUGAAAGAGGAGCUGUCUCAGUUGCAGCAGCAGCUACACAGGCAGGUGGCGAAUAGAGACACGGCGCCCAUGUGCCACAUCUACACUGGACACAGAGUCGCCUCGAGGCAGCGUAAGGAGCCGGCGGAGCAGCUGCUGAGGAGCGGUGCCGAACAACCAAACCAACCUGCGGCAGUGAUGCCGAGCCCGGACUGGACUGAAUGCCAGGGCUUCUCUGAACUGCAGUGCCCUCGAUGCUUCACCACGUUCAAAGAAAUGGACACAGCUGAUUACCUGAAUCAUUGUGAGGAGUGUGCCAGAUUAUGAGCGGUGCAGUCCACUUUGGGGAAUGCGACCAUUAACUUUCGCUGACAAUGACUGAAGAACAGCACUACAUACAUGCCUGAGGAUCGAUUAGCGGAUUUGUAUUUUUUUUUCUUCUUCUUCCAAUUUGUCACAAGAUUUGACAACCGUCUGCAACAAAAAGUGAAAUUGUUAAGUAUAGAUAAUGAAAGUAAAUUGUACGCCGUAGUUUCCCUGUCUCUAUGGUUUCAAGAAGUCGUCUUUAUUUCAUCCUCAUGUGGCGUGGCAACAGGAUGGUGGAUGUCAGUGCAAACACGAAUGUCAUAUACCUCAGCUUUGCAUCAAAUUACAAAACCAUUGCACUUUCUGCACACGUUGGCCCUCAUUUUGAUGCAUAAGCUUCCUGUAUCAUCUAGUCUGUCUGGAUCAUGUGGUGCUACUAGUUGUUUAUUUUCGAUUGUACAUAACAUAUUUUAUGUCUCAAAAGUGUAUAUUCUUGGUAACAGAAUAUAUAUAUAUAUAUAUGUGUGUGUGUGUGUAUAUAUAUAUAUUUUAUAUCAUUAUAUUUAUCCUCAGCAUAAAGCAAACAAGCAUCUUUUUAGCCAGAACGGCUAAGUGGGGUAAAAGAAAGAUCAUUAGACCCCCCACCACCACCACCACCACCGGGAGAAUGUUUAUCCCGGGUUAAGCCUUUGGGGUUAAAAAGGUGAAAUGCUGCAGCUGAGAAUAGGAUCUGAUGUUGUUACCAGUAGUCAGAAAGACGUGACGUGUUUCCUCUUUUUAAACGUGUAAACUGAUCAAUAAUAUAUCCCUGUUUUGUCUUGACCUUGGUAAAUAAUAUUUUUUCAAUAAAAGAGUCUGUACA